AUAUCCGUUUCCUCACUCCCACAAAAACAGAGGAUAAGCUUUCACUCUUCUUCAUCUUCUCUCCAACCAUGGCAACCAUUUUCACAGGAACUCAAAUCAGCAGAUUCUCAAACACAAACCCCGAUCUCUCCAACAAGAAGAGGAAACCGUGUCUUGUAAAAUGUGCAGUAAAUCAACAACCACUGGACAAGAUACAGAGUAGUAGACGUUCCAUUUCCACGGCUGCUGCUGUCUUUCUCUUUCAAUACCUCUCCAUUCCUAAACAUGCAAUUGCUGAUGGAGGUUUGGAUAAGUAUCUUAAGAGGAAAAAGCUUGAACCUCUAGAAGUAUAUGUACCAGCUGUAAUUUUGAGCAAAUCACAGUUCAGGGACUUAGAGAAAACUCUGGAAGCCGAUCAGCCACAAUAUGCAGCAUGCAGAUCCAUAUUACGUUCUGGCCCAGCAGCGUCAUUGCGCGUUAACAUCCGAGCAGUAGCACAGUAUGCCUCUGAUGAUGGCAAGGGUAAAGCUGCUCUCGAUGAUGUUGAUCAAUGCCUCAGAGCCUUAGAGGACCUGGACUCGUUAUUUCUACGAGCAUCAAGAAACGAUCGGGGAGCUUCAACUGAAUCAAUGAAAAAGAAGAUUGGCAUUGCUUUAGUUUCUUUGGACAGGAUCCUCGAGACAGUUCCAACUUCUAUUUUAGAUAAGGGAAAUGAAAUCGCCAAUGCUUAUUUGGCUGCAGAUGAAGAUAUCGAACCCAAAAGUUUGGACCCUGAAAUGAAACAGUUAGAGUCGCUUCUAUGAAAAUCUCUUUCAAAAGUAUGCGCUUCUCCAUUCAUUUGUUCUGUUUAGUAAUUGAUGUACCUACCAUAUUGUAAAUCUGUAAUCUUUGUGUGCAUAAUUAUGCAUGACACAAUCUUGAAAUUCGGCGAGUAUAACACAGAGUUCUCAUUAAUGUGUUUCUGAUUCUUUCGAGAUUAAUACAGAGUUCUCAUUAAUGUGUUUCUGAUU